UUCAGCUCCGCCUCGCCUCGAUCUGGCCGGACAGGGAAAACACUUCUCAGUUAAAGAACAAAAGCAACAACGGAUGGACGGAAGGCGACGAAGUCACAGCGACUCGGAUCCAGACCUGAAGAUCGCGGAUUGAGAGAUUUGAGCCCCGUUCGGCAGCGCUGAGCCGGCGGCUCAACUCCUGCGAAAGGCUACAAACUUGGUCGCCUCGCAUCUUUGUAUCCCGGCCGUAAUCCGUCGAGGUGCCUGAUAAAUAAGACAAGGGUCAAACAGGCAGACAGACGGCAUUGUUUCGCCGGUCUUCGUCUAAACUUCGGCCGUAAAAAGCGGAGUGGAAGAGGAGAAACUCCGGGUUUCUUUUGUUUUCUCUUCGCUCGGGCGGUCCUCGGGGAGAAAGGGCCGUUUAAGGCAUUUUCGGUUUCCCUUGUGGUAUCUGCCUUUGUGAAGAGGCUACGCUUAACUCUGGGGACUGAGAACUUGGACGUGGAACAAAGCCUGACUCGAAAGGGGUAAAAAGGCCCAUUUUGGUAUCCCAGAUGGCGACCUACAGUGAACAUAAUGGCAGAAACGGACUACUUGCAAGCAUGGAGGAGUCCUUUGAAGGGAAAGUAACAAAGCGGGAAUGCGAUGGAACGUUUGAACUUAAACGCUCCUCCAAGGAUUUGCACCACUCUGCCAGCUCAGCUGAAAGCAACGCAAGUGGUGUGGCUAGUUUCACCACUAACCACAACUCUGUUGUGUGCCUGCCUCUGGUGUCAGAGGGACUUAAAUUGGUAUGGACGCAGUCAGAUCAAACCCGUGAACUUGACACAAUCCCAGAGCUGGUCCAAGCCUUUAACUUAUUUCCAUACCCGUCAUCCCAUGAGGUUAGCACUCUGGCUCGGGUAUGUGCCUUGCCGCUGGACAAAGUUAAGGUAUGGUUUAUGGUGCAGAGAAUUAAAUAUGGUAUCAGCUGGUCCUCAGAGGAGAUAGAGGAGACACGGCGGAAGCUGGCAGUGCCUGAGCUUUGUGACGACUCUACUGAAACAAACGAGGAAGCCAAAAUGAAGAGCGUGAGCAAAAGUUACGAGGAACUGGUAAUUGAGGAGAAGGAUAGCGACAAAGUAGAGGGUGCUCUCUCCAGCUUCACCCCCCAGAAGAAGAAACCAAAAUGUGAGUCACCAGAUUCCUAUAAACCAGCCAAACCCACUGCCCCGUGUUUCAGUUCCACCCUCCCGCCUCCUCAGGAUUCAUACUUCUACCGCUCACCAACGGAGACGCCGGCAAGCACCGCAGCCGAUGUCUCCCUUGACCUUUCGGAGUCAUCUUCUCGACAGCACCGUCAUGGGCGCUACAAAAAGUCUAAAGCUCAGCUUGCUGCCCUCCGGAAGAGCUUUCUGAGAGAGAACUGGCCUGCAGAGGCAGAGCUUAGACGUUUGCAGGAAGAAACUGGGCUGAGCCGUAACGACAUUCGGAAAUGGUUCAGCGACAGCCGGUACCAGCUUAGAGUUGGCCGAGGAAGCCUGGCAGCAGCCCAGAACUACUCUCAGCACACAGCAGUUGGAGGUAAACAUGAUCAACCUCUUCCACUUACUACUCAAAAGACUCGUCAAAUAAAUGGAGUGAAGGGCCCCGAGGGAGCCCGUAGCAAUGGGAUUAGGAAUUCACAUUUCUUUCAGGCCUUUUUGUCAAACAGCCUGGAAGCAUUUGGGGAAAGGGUCCUUGACACAGAGGGGUAUGAUGUUAUGGAGGAGCUUUCUGGUGAUGGGGACAGUUUUAAAGAUGAGGAACAAACUGAAGAACAACCCCUGCAACUGACCAAGACCUGCAAGACUGAGCCAGAUGUUCCACAGGAACCACCAAGUACAUUAAAAACCUCUCCCUACUCUUCCCCUUCUGGCAGCCCACCACUGACUGCCUCGCCCAAUAAACUCCUUUCAAAGAGCAUCAGCACAUCAAAGAAGUUAGCCCACUCAGCCAAAGCCAGUCCUUCACACACUCCCUUGCGCAUCUCAGGGGUUUCCUCAUCCAUAUCCCCUGCCCUCACUCCUGCUGGGCGACCAAGAAAGACCAAGGAGCAGUUGGAUGUGUUAAAGCAGCACUUUUUGCGCUGCCAGUGGCCCAAGAGUGAAGAUUACACUGAACUUGUUAAGCUUACAGGUUUACCUCGUGCAGAUGUUAUUCAGUGGUUUGGGGACACACGGUAUGCUGUUAAAAAUGGCCAGCUGCGCUGGGUGAAGGGAGUCCGUGACCAGUUCUUGGCAGAAGUAGCAGCCCAGCAAAGUAGCAGUGGUUUAACUAACGGAAGUAGCUCUGCAACAUCUACUCGGGUUGGAGGUGGCCGCAAACGGAAAUCUCAAGCAAACGCAGCAAGUGCAGAUUCCACUGAUAUCCAGCCAUUAGUAGCAUAUUACCUUUCAACGGGCUCGCUACAUGAAAAAGAUCUCGACUCUCUAUGCAAGAAAUCUAGAAUGAGCUACCAGCAGGUGCGAGAUUGGUUUGCCUCUCAGGACAUUGGGGAGACUGACCAAGAACUUAUUGUUACUGAUUAAGACACUGGAACCAGACUUAGAAAACAUUAAUAAAAAGUUGGUGGAGUGUGAUCCUCACAUCCUUUCCACCAACAAGCGUAGUUAUUACUUUGGUUUAAAUUGCUUUAAUUAGGCAGGUUUGUCACUUCCAGUCUUCCCAGUACAAGCCCGAAAUGAGGUUUGUUUUUUUAUAUAUGCUGCAUUUCCAGCUUAUCCUAAUAUAUUUGGACUUGGAUUAUAAUUGUGCUGCCCGUGUUGCUGUAAAUAGGACAGUAACUUGUACACUGGUUUGCUAUGUUUUUGAGCUACUAUUUUUGUUUAGACAUCAUGACUACAGAUUUAUGCUAUUGUAGCAGUAUAAUUUAAACUGGUUGUUCUUUUGGUACCUGACUAUAGCAGAUGAGUAACUGCUCCAGAAAAAUGUCUACGUUAAUGAGUUUGUUGACUGAUCACUGUGUGUAAUCAUUCCUUUACAGCCAAUAAUUCCUUGUCAUGAAAAGCACACUGGACAUGUACACUUUAAAUUGACAUCUUGCACUUUGGUUUUAGAGCCUGCUGCCAUUAUGUUCAUUAAAUCCAAUUCUUUCACGAAUGAUGAGUUCCUAACUUAACAGUGUCAUUCUUGAUCCAUUAACACUGAAGUCAGUGCUCAUGCCUUUUGAAAAAAAGCAUGAUGCAUCUAAUUGUAUUACUGUCUACAGCACAUUUCAGAAACUCAUUUCCCAAUUCUCUUCUUGAGGCUCUGCUGUAAUACUGGGUUUACUAUUUGAAUGCUUUGCUUGUCAUUUGCAUUUAACUGCACCUUUUUUAAUAUAGUAAAGGCUAACAGUACUGAGAAACCAGCAAUCACAUCAUACAGACGUCAGAAUUUCCUAUUUCAGUUUUGAUUUGCCCUUAUUCAGUCAGUAUUUUUACCUCUCUUUUGUCUUAAUAGGAUUAGGGUGUGACUUGAUGGUUUGUAAUAUAAACAAACUGGAUAAGAUAACAUGUACUUCAUAAGUAGCAAAGGGUUUGAAUCCAAAGAAAAAAAAAUACAGUUCUGUCAAAUCAAAUUAUGAAUCAUAGCACAAACCUUAUACAUUCAGGUAAUCAGUUCAUAAAAACUCCAUACUGUGUAGUAUUUCUUAGUUUACCUACAGGGAUGAUGUGGGCUUUAAAUGGAGUCGAAGUUUAGUUCAUUAGAAAAGUUUAGAUGACCAGAAUGUUGGUAACGCAGUGUGCAUCACUGUAUUUUGUCAUUCUAUUAGUAAUGGAAAGUUAAUGCAAGUGUCAUGCUGUGAGGAAAUGUCAAUAACACUUGGUGUCUUCCUUUGCAGAUGUUUCAAUGUAUUUUUUUCCUGUUCCCACUGGCACAAUUGUCACUGGAAACCAGUAAAGGAUUUGCCUUUAUAAUCGUGUGCAAGCAAUGUUUCUUGUGUGAAGUAAUGA